AUGGGCCCUGCUGGCCUCGAGGUUCUGCUGCUGCUUUUGCUGGGAGCUUUCCAGGGCUCUUUUACCAAAAAGAAAAACUUGCAAUCAGUAUGUGGACGACCUGUAUACACUGGACGCAUUGUGGGUGGCCAGGAUGCUGCUUUGAGGCGCUGGCCCUGGCAGGUCAGCCUGCGUUUCGACCACACCCAUUCUUGUGGAGGUUCUCUCAUCAGUGACCACUGGGUGCUGACAGCAGCACACUGCAUAAAAAGGACCUGGUACAGUUUUCUAUACAGUGUGUGGCUUGGAUCCAUCGAUAGAGAGUACUCAAGCACAGGCAAAGAAUACUACGUGUCCAGAAUCGCCACACCCAACAGACAGCACCAUACAGAAGCAGAUAUUGCCCUACUGAAGCUGUCUUCCCGGGUCACUUUCUCGUCUGUCAUUCUGCCCAUCUGCUUGCCCAAUAUCUCAAAGCAGCUGACAGUUCCAGCUUCUUGCUGGGUGACUGGAUGGGGACAAAAUCAGGAAGGUCAGUACCCCUCUACCCUCCAAGAACUCGAAGUGCCUGUCAUUUCCAGUGAGGCAUGUGAACAACUCUACAACCCAAUUGGCGUCUUCCUCCCGGAUCUGGAGAGGGUCAUCAAGGAAGACAUGCUCUGUGCUGGUGAAAGGCGGGCGAGGAAGGAUAGCUGCAAGGGCGAUUCUGGAGGGCCUCUGUCCUGUCACAUUGAUGGUGUCUGGACGCAGAUGGGUGUGGUAAGCUGGGGUUUGGAAUGCGGUAAGGACCUUCCUGGAGUCUACACCAACGUGACCUACUACCAAAAGUGGAUCCAUGCCAUCAUCUCAAGAGCUCCUCCGGGCUGGGGUGGUGACUGCACUCACAUGACUGUGUUACUUUCUCUGGCUCUCCUGGCAUCCUCCUGAGCCUUUGGCCCUAGCAUAAUACCAAGUCA